CAUGUCCAAAAUACUGAAGUGUGCCGGGAACGAAGACAUCAUCACUCUCCGAGCAGAAGACAAUGCGGACACGUUGGCUCUUGUGUUUGAAGCACCAAAUCAGGAGAAGGUUUCUGAUUAUGAGAUGAAGCUAAUGGAUCUCGAUGUGGAGCAGCUCGGAAUUCCAGAACAAGAAUACAGUUGCGUAGUGAAAAUGCCGUCUGCUGAGUUCGCCCGCAUUUGUAGAGAUCUCAGCCAUAUCGGCGACGCCGUUGUCAUCUCCUGUGCCAAAGACGGGGUGAAAUUUUCAGCUAAUGGCGAGCUGGGCAACGGGAACAUCAAGCUGUCGCAGACCAGUAACGUGGACAAAGAGGAAGAAGCUGUUACAAUAGAGAUGAACGAGCCAGUCCAAUUGACCUUUGCUCUGAGGUACUUGAACUUUUUUACCAAAGCCACUCCCCUGUCACCCACAGUGACACUGAGCAUGUCUGCAGAUGUUCCUCUCGUUGUGGAGUACAAGAUUGCUGAUAUGGGACACUUAAAAUACUACCUGGCUCCAAAGAUUGAAGACCAACAAGAAGGCUCUUAAUCGGAGUAGGACUGAGGGGGAGAUGUGGUCAGCUCUUGGGAGAGGACAACUGAUGUGGAGAAGAGAACAGUGGUGGUAGCAGUUUCAGUGCAUUGGAGCAUCGGAUGGGCGCUGUUAGGCACGUUGUGUAGAUAUCUCUGUAAAUAUUUUUCAACUUACUAUUUUGCUAUACUGGUGUUGUUGGAAAUAGGAAAUGUUUUUUUAGUCUAUCUUGUACUUCCAGUAAUCUUUUAAAUGCUUCCUGAAGGUGAAAUAUCUUACUCCUCUCAACCUGUGUUAGAGAAGGGGUGCAAUAUUUAACUCAAGUAAAGAUGAUGUUCCCUAGAGUUUCACCUG